AUGGCUAGCUUGGUGUUGCGAUACCCCUGGGUAUCCAGUCCAUUUGUGGUCAGCGCCCCAAUGAAAGUAAUGUCCGGCCCAGCGCUUGCAGUGGCCGUCUCUCGUGCCGGUGGACUAGGAUUCCUUGGUCCCGGCGCAAAAACACAAGACACAAAUGACGACCUGGAAAAGGUGAAAGCACUCAUUCAGAAGGGCAAGGCUAUACCAACUACCAAUUCCGCCCUACCCAUUGGCGUGGGAUACCAACUUUGGACCGACGAUCUAGGCACUGCUAUCGCUACUAUUGAAAAAUACAAACCCUGCGCCGCUUGGCUAUAUGCUCCAAGACAAGGGACCAAAGACUACGACGACUGGUCCAGCAAGAUACGGCGGGUUUCGCCUGAAACCCAGAUUUGGAUCCAGAUCGGCACGCUCAAGGAAGCAAAACAGCUUCUCCAGAGUACAGAACUGCCAGAUGUGAUCGUUGUGCAAGGUGCUGAAUCCGGCGGGCACGGUCGGACGAGUGAUGGAAUGGGAUUGAUGUCCCUAUUCCCCGAAGUGGCAGAUGCCCUAGCAAGCAGUCGGAUUCCUUUAUUUGCGGCUGGUGGCAUUGCCGAUGGGCGGGGCGUCGCUGCGGCUUUGUGUCUGGGUGCAUCCGGUGCAGUUAUGGGGACCCGGUUCUUGGCUGCCAGCGAGGCACGUAUUCGCCGGGGAUAUCAGGAUGAAAUUGUGCGUGCAUCUGACGGUGCGGCCUCGACAACUCGCACACAUUUGUACAACCAUCUCAGGGGCACCUUUGGGUGGCCAGAGGAGUACACUCCCCGGACUAUCUGGAAUAAAUCGUUUGUUGAGCAACAGCAAGGGAAGUCAUUCGAGGAACUUAAAAAGCUUCAUGAUGAAGCUGCCAAGGAUGGAGACAAUGGCUGGGGCCCUGAGGGCAGACUUGCCACAUACGCUGGUGCCUCUGUUGGUCUGAUACAUGGUGUCAAGGAUGCGGAAGAUAUUGUUCGGGAGACUCAGAAUGAUGCGCUGGAAAGGAUCCAACGACUAUUCCCCAACCAACGCGAUGCUUGUUUGUGA